AGAGAGACAGAGAGAGAGAGAGAGAGAGAGAGAGAGAGAGAGAGAGAGAGCUCGUCACAUCAGUCUGCUCGCUCAGAGAAUCGCUCCUGUGGUUCUUUAACUUUUCUCUUUUCUCAGCCGCUUUAACUUGAAGUGGAUUCCUCUUAGACCAGUCUGAUGUGGACUUAAACGAGACUCGGACGUGGUGCUGCAACUUUUUCUUGACUCUCUCAGAGGAUUUAGUGUCCAACCUGCAGUCUGGAGGAGCAGGUGGUGGAGACACGUUACAGAGAAAACCAGCCACACAAAAACAUCCAGGUACCGUCAGGAUCCCGAACGCCUCGUCCACCUCUGGUCUUUCCGUCUAACCAUGGCCGCCAACGUCACCCCUCAGGGUUGCGGCCCUAACCUGGACUCCCUUUACUACAACCUGUGUGACACCAGCUCGGUGUGGGGCGUCGUGUUGGAGGCCUUUGCGGCGGCGGGCGUCGUCUUCACCUUUGUGCUGUUCAUCUCGCUGCUCGCCAGCAUACCCUUCACCCAGGACAAGAACCGGAAAAGCUCGAUCCCCCUUCACGCCUUCUUCCUCGUCUGCACCGGCGGUCUCUUCUGCCUGACCUUCGCCUUCAUCGUGGGGAAGGACUUCGCCACCUGCGCGUCGCGGCGGUUCCUCUUCGGCGUGCUGUUCGCCGGCUGCUUCGCCUGCCUCCUGAUGCAGAGCGUGAGGCUGAACGUCCUCGUCAGGCUGAACGGCGGGCCCCGGGCUUGGGCGCUGUGCCUGGGGGCGUUGGGGCUGUGGCUGGUGGAGGUGGUCAUCAACACCGAGUGGCUGAUCAUCACGGUGGUGCGGCACCCGCUGGGGCCGACGAACGCCACCGUGGAAACGAGCCGAGCCGCGGCCACGCCAUGCAACAUCGCCAACCAGGACUUCGUCAUGGCGCUGAUCUACGUGAUGAACCUGAUCCUGGCGGUGGUGGUGGCAAGUCUGGCCGCCAUGGGGGGCAAAUACAAGCAGUGGAAAAAGGACGCCGCUUGUAUCUUCCUUGCGAGCUUCCUCUCCGUUGGUAUCUGGGUGGCGUGGAUCGUCAUGUACGUCUACGGGAACGAAAGAACCGGAGGCCCGACGUGGGACGACCCGACGCUGGCCAUCGCCUUGGUGGCCAACGCGUGGGUGUUCCUCGUCGUCUACACCAUUCCUGAACUGUGCUGUCUGAGCAGCGACGAGGAGAGCCAGCAGGACGUCGGGGAAGACGUUUACCCGACCAGAGGCGUCGGCUACGAGACGAUCCUGAAGGAACAAAGCUCCCAGAACAUGUUCAUGGAAAACAAGGCGUUCUCGAUGGACGAGCCCAACCAAGCGUCCAAGCCCGUGUCACCGUACAGCGGCUACACGGGUCAGCUGAGGAGUUCAGUGUACCAGCCCACCGAGCUGGCUCUCAUCACCAAAGCAGUGGGAAAUCACCCUCCGGACUCGUCCUUUGACAUGGUCAUUCCCAGAGCGUCCACCAACUCUGCAGCCAACAGCGGGAGCAGCACCCCCUCCACACACACAGACAUCGGGAACGCCGCAUACACUCAGACAAAUGGAAAUAGCGGGAACGGUCUGCACAGGACGUCCCAGUGGUGAGCGCGCUGCGUCUUCCUACACCUCGUCAACCAGAGCUUCCCGCGUGUCCCUUCAUUUGCGCUCGCUGACUCUUUGCUUGCUGUUAUGGAUGUUUCCCUAAGCUGGUUUCUAAGAGGGAAGCCUUAGCCCCGGACAUGUGGAGGGUGAAAGCUGGAUCAUCACAGCUGAUUGAAAAACGAGCUAAACCAGCCUUUUGAGUGCUUAACUUUUGCAGCGGGGGUAUCAGACAGUGUAGAGCUUCAUUUGGAAGUCAAAGCGCGGGGGAUGAAGCCUCGGCUUUGCUGCACAACAAAGACUUUUUUUUUUUUUGCAAACGUCAACAUUCACUGAGAGCAAAAAACUUUGAGCUCCCGGCUGCACCCGGUCGCACGGAUGAAGAGUGACAGUGCAGGCCGUGCUGAAGAGAAGAGCUGGACAACUGUGAGGAGAGUUUGUUCAAUAUAUUCAUGUGUACACACACACAGGCAGAAGAUUGCUACUUCCCCCUGCAAACACUGUAAACAAACUGAAUUACUGUCAUCGCAGCCAUCACGGGAAGAUCCCUCACCGGCAAGGCAACACACGGCGGAUACACUUCAAUUAUAGCUUCAAGUUGAGCUUUAAAUACGAGAGAUAUUGUGCACGGUUGAAUAAUAAGAGCCUGUGUGCCUGGAUUGUGAAUAUUCAAUAGUACCCAUGCAGCUCACUUCUAAAUGACGCUAUUUGUGUUAAAUCGAUGUAAAUAUGUUGCUAAUGUGUCAACGUUUGUUCACUGCAUGAAGGCACUGUAUGAAUAUGUAUAUAUGCAUCGCUAAUACUAUUUAAAGCACGACUGUGUGCUGUUCAAUUUUUAUUCAUUUGAACCAAUCAAACAAUAAUUUAGAUGGUUUCACUGCACGUCCUAGAAUGUUUCUUUAUUAACACAAAAUAGGUUAAAGCGCCCCUGAAGUCCCAAAAAGUGACCUUCUUUUGUGUGCACAAUUUUAUUAAAGGAGCAGUAUGUAACUCUGCUCCUAGUGUUUAAAAUGGGUACUGCAGUCUAAAUUCUAAACAUUGUAGAGAGCUGUCAGUCUGUCCUCGACACACCGGUCUGUGUUGACAACUCUUAUCAGCUUUUGCAUCUCAAUGUUAUUUUAUGUAAACAAACAAAAAAAUCAAACAAAUUUCUGACCUUUCAGUAGAUUGACAACCUACUUUACCUUUUGAGCCGAAGCCACCAUCCAUCAACUAUCCUUCUGGGACAUUGUGUUAGAGGGGAAAAACAUGGAAACUUAAACUUAAAAAUGUCACUUCAGAUCCAGAAGCUUCUUGCCAUAAAGCGAUUACAUCAUCACCACUGUACAGCCUGAACCAAAGAUAUGCUAUUUGAAGACUGAACCAUAUUUCAUCAUGUGAAGAAAUCCCUGUGUGACAUGUUGUCUGUCCAGAGGAGUCACAGUCAAGUUUAUUAAAAUGCCUUCACUUACAUUUCCAUUGAUUGCCAGUCUGCUGCCACUCUGUGAUUUUUCAGUUAAUAAAUAAUAAGUUACCUUGUGAUGCUCUGAA